AGCUACAACCAAUCGCCGCGGUUAGAUUGUGACAGAUGGCAAUCGAGCGUUCGGCAAUCUACUAUUUGGGACUGGAGAAUUGCUUGGUAGAUGAUUCGGCCUUCCUGUCCUUUGCAUUCUGGUACUCGUUUGAUUACUGCAUGUUGGUCUUCACAGCAAAAUUGUCAUGUUUGGCUGCUGCAGAGCCACAAACAGACUUCCUUGGGGGUCUCUGCUACAGAAAUUUGUUUUUCAAGCCAGGCCGCUCUCGGGUGCAGAUGCAGUAACUGCUCUAAGGCCUUUUUAUUUUGCAGUCCACCCAGAUUUUUUUGGGCAGCAUCCAAUGGAAAGAGAAGUAAAUGAAAAUUCCCUCAAAAGAUUAAAUGGCUACUUAACAAGUCUUCAGAAACCCAGUCAGAAGUCUCACAAACCAGCGCAGCUCACGUUUUAUGUCCGAGAAACUGAGCCAAACACCAUGAAUGAUCCAGACACAAUUAAAACCACAGGAUUCCGGACCGUACAUUUUACUUUGCAAACAAGGGACUUGCUAAGCACAGUGUUGGAUAUUCUGAAUUCAUGCAGCUUAUCUACUGCACAUGUGAAUACUUCAGAAGUAGGUAUGGAGUCAAAGCCUCACAUGGGAACAAAAACAGCAUUUGACAGGCCCAUAAAAUGGGACAAGACAUAUUAUUCAUUUACUGGUUUCAAGGACCCUGAAGAAGAGCUGGAGCAAGCCCAAAGAGUAGAGACAACAAUUAUUCCCUGGUUAGAAAACAAUCAGUCACUGGCUAACAAGAAGUUGACAAAAAGUUUUCCAUUACGGGAGGAGCUAGAGCGGUUAAAGAAUGAACUGGCUGAUCAACUCCAACUCUCUGAUAUCCGAUGGCAGAGAAGCUGGGGUGUUGCUCAUCGUUGCAGCCAACUGCAUAGUUUAAGUCGUUUAAUUCAGCAGAAUCCUGAAACUCUAAAGAUGGCGAAAGGUCGCACAUUACUGUUUACUGACGAAACUGGCAUGAACGCUUCUGGUCAUGUGAUGUUGGGAACCAUGGAUGUACAUCACCAAUGGGCAAAGCUCUUCGAAAGAUUGUCCAGCUAUACCUACCUUGAGAGGAAGCUAUUGCACCUUCAGGACAGGAUCAGCCAUCUACUAGGAGGAAUUGAAAUAGUGCAUAUUGAGGAGCAACAGUCACUUUUAACAAUAGAAGAAUACUACAGAAUGCUAGAAACAUUUUACAACAAACUGCUGAGUAGCAGAAUGCCAAUCCAUCCCCGCAGCCUUCGCUGCCUGAAGAUGAUACUUCAGAGUGAUCGAUUUGCACCUCGAUUGCAUGAGAUGGGACAUUAUAUCAUCCCAACUCUUUGCGAUCCUGCUUCAUUACAGUGGUUUCUUUUGACUCACUCGCAACAAGCAAGGGAAAAUCUGAAAAGAAAAGAAGAGUUAACAUUUGUGGAGCAGGAACUUACCACAUUAUGUAAAGACAGAUCCUCCCUGAGCAGGUUGUACAAGGAGCCCAGUAUUUCUUGUGUGCAGAUGAUUGAUUGUUGUAAAAGGUUGACAGAGGAACCUUUAUUAUGCUUGACAGGCAUGCAUCUGUGCAUCUCCCAUUACUACUCUGUGCUGCAGGAUGGAGACUUAUGUAUUCCCUGGAAUUGGAAGAGGUGAAUCACAAAGCAUUCUUCUACCACUGGGAAUCACCUUUGCACAAGGGAUUUGUCCACAAAUGUAGGGUUUAGCAAAUAUCUGGUAUCAAUAUAGUGGAAUAGCAGUGGAACUGAGAAUGUUCCAACUGAAAAUUUCGAGUUAUAUGUGGUCUGGAUGUUUUAAUCUUCAUAUAGAAGAGUUUUGCUCAUAAAGUUCCAUUCAGUGCAUAUAAGGGCAAAGUUGCAUGUGACAAAUGCUGGAUGUUUACUGCAAUCCAAUGCAAAAUUCUUGCCUUUUCACUGGGAUAAAGCAAGAAGUGCAGCGACAGCUAGCAAUUCAUUUUUGGAAAGUUCGAAAUUUACUGGGGUAUUAGUAUUUAUUUUUGGAACUGGGAGCACACAUUUAAUGGUACUGUUACAAACUUCCACUGUAACAUUGCUUUCUGCUUGUAUUUUUUUAAUUAAAUUUAAAAUGAGAAAAAAUAUUUGUACAGUUCUGAUAUGUGUGUAAAUAUGUCUCCAGGCCAUUGCGAAAAAAUUGGAAAUAUUUUCAAUGGAUACCACAGCUAUAUUUUAAUAGCAUAAUGGAAAUACUACUGCAUCAAAAUGUAAUUAAUUCUGUAACCCUUCAAGCAAAGGAGACCUAUCUAAAUCUAAUCAGUUUAUCAUUUAUGAAAUAAUCAAGUUAAUCACCAAUAUCCCCAACUCUACAUGCAGAUUGCUAAGUAAUGGUACAGAAUUUAUUCAAUGUCAUUGAUUAUAUGUGGAAAUUUCUUAUUCCAUGAAAUAAGAGUAUAUUACAUUUCAUUUUCACAUUAGUUCCCCUUUAAACUAAGGAUUCUUAGCCUAAGGAGCAGGACACAAGUAUGGGUCCCUGUGCUGAUUAGAUUUAGUCUCCAUGAUCCCCAUUAAAUAAUGUGAUUUUUUUUUCCCAGCAAAUAAAGAUUGUUAUUAAAAUAA